ACUCAUCACUGAAUCAACAAUUUGGGAACAGUUCAUAGCAUCAAAAGCUUCCUUCAUGUAGACCGAUGCCAUCUCUGAAGUCUCCAAGCACUGUGAACUGAAACCACGAAACCAUAUGGAAUUUAUAUCCCCCGGGUUGGAAGGCAUGCUGUUCUGAUAUUUAAUGAGGAGCCUUACUGCCAUUAUGACGAACCAGGAGAAGUGGGUUAACCUUAGUCCUGGAGAAUUCUCUCAGCUUCAGAAAUAUGCGGAAUAUUCCACCAAGAAAAUUAAGGAUGUCUUGGAAGAAUUCCAUGGCAGUGGAGUGCUAGCAAAAUAUAAUCCUGAAGGGAAACAAGAUAUACUUAACCAAACAAUUGAUUUAGAGGGAUUCAGGCUGUUCAUGAAGACUUUUCUGGAGGCAGAGCUACCUGAUGACUUCACUGAACAUCUUUUUACAUCGUUCAGCAACAAAAUCCCUCACUGCAGCCCUUUAAUAAAAAACAAACCUCAGCUCCUUUCUGGAGUUAAGGUGUCUGAAGAGAGAUGGAAACAGAUGCCAGGUUUGAGACUUAGCAAAGGUACCACUGCGUCCCGACCUCCUACUCCUGCCAACUUACAGUUACCAGAUGUGAUCCAGUUGAAAGAUAUUGUUUGCUAUUUGUCUCUGCUAGAAAGAGGAAGACCUGAAGAUAAACUAGAAUUUAUGUUUCGCUUAUAUGACACAGAUGGGAAUGGAUUCCUGGAUAGUUCGGAGCUCGAAAAUAUCAUUGCUCAAAUGAUGCAUGUUGCAGAAUACCUUGAAUGGGAUGUUACCGAACUGAAUCCAAUCCUCCAUGAAAUGAUGGAAGAAAUUGACUAUGAUCAUGACGGCACUGUGUCUCUGGAAGAAUGGAUCCAGGGGGGAAUGACAACAAUCCCUCUCUUGGUGCUUCUUGGAUUAGAGAAUAAUGUGAAAGAUGAUGGGCAGCAUGUAUGGAGACUGAAACACUUUAACAAGCCUGCCUACUGUAAUCUUUGUUUGAACAUGCUAAUAGGAGUCGGCAAGCAAGGUCUCUGCUGUUCUUUUUGCAAGUAUACAGUCCAUGAACGCUGUGUCUCAAGAGCUCCUGCAUCUUGCAUCAAAACCUACGUGAAGUCUAAAAAGAAUACAGAUGUUAUGCACCAUUUCUGGGUAGAAGGAAAUUGUCCAACAAAAUGUGAUAAGUGUCACAAAACUAUAAAAUGUUACCAAGGCUUGACUGGACUUCACUGUGUUUGGUGUCAGAUCACAUUGCAUAAUAAAUGUGCUUCACAUCUAAAACCUGAAUGUGACUGUGGACCUCUGAAGGAUCAUAUUUUACCACCCACAUCAAUCUGCCCAGUAGUAUUGGAAAGGCAGGCAACAGUGAAAAAAGAAAAGAGUUGUCCUCAGCAAAUGAACAAACUGGGAGAACGGAACAAAAUGCAAAGAGCAAAUUCAGUCACCGUAGAUGGACAAGGUCUUCAGAUCACUCCAGUUCCAGGCACUCAUCCACUUUUAGUUUUUGUCAAUCCUAAAAGUGGUGGGAAACAAGGUGAAAGAAUUUAUAGAAAAUUUCAAUACCUUUUAAAUCCUCGUCAAGUUUAUAGUCUUUCUGGAAAUGGACCAAUGCCAGGGUUAAAUUUUUUCCGAGAUGUUCCUGAAUUCAGAGUACUGGCAUGUGGUGGAGAUGGAACAGUGGGCUGGAUUUUGGAUUGCAUAGAGAAAGCAAACUUGCUUAAGCAUCCUCCAGUUGCUAUCCUGCCUCUUGGGACUGGUAAUGAUUUAGCAAGGUGUCUGAGAUGGGGAGGAGGUUAUGAAGGUGAGAAUUUGAUGAAGAUCUUAAAAGACAUUGAGAAUAGUACAGAAAUUUUGCUGGACAGAUGGAAAUUUGAAGUAAUACCCAACGAUAAAGAUGAGAAAGGAGACCCAGUGCCUUACAACAUCAUCAACAACUACUUUUCCAUUGGCGUGGAUGCUUCAAUUGCUCACAGAUUCCACAUCAUGAGAGAAAAACAUCCAGAGAAGUUCAACAGUAGAAUGAAGAACAAAUUUUGGUAUUUUGAAUUUGGCACUUCAGAAACUUUCUCAGCCACCUGUAAGAAGCUGCAUGAAUCUGUAGAAAUAGAAUGUGAUGGAAUUCAGCUAGACUUAAUCAAUAUUUCUCUGGAAGGAAUUGCCAUUCUCAAUAUCCCAAGCAUGCAUGGCGGGUCAAAUCUCUGGGGAGAGACAAAGAAAAGACGUAGCCAUCGCCGGACAGAAAAGAAGAGGUCAGAUAAAAGAACAACCGUCACAGAUGCCAAGGAAUUGAAGUUUGUAUGCCAAGACCUAAGUGACCAACUUGUGGAAGUUGUUGGUCUGGAAGGAGCUAUGGAGAUGGGUCAGAUAUACACAGGCCUGAAAAGUGCUGGAAGGCGACUUGCCCAGUGCUCAUCUGUUGUCAUCAGGACCAGCAAGUCUCUGCCUAUGCAGAUAGAUGGGGAACCCUGGAUGCAGACGCCUUGCACAAUUAAAAUAACCCACAAGAACCAAGCACCCAUGUUGAUGGGACCACCUCCAAAAACUGGUCUUUUCUCUUCUAUCAUCAAAAGAACAAGGAACCACACCAAGGAAUAAGCCUAUGUAGUUUAGUUUUUAGAAAAACAAUUAGCUGUGUUGGGCUUUGGCAUAAUUUAUGCUGGAAAUCUUUCAAGAGUUUUAGAAUAUCUUCCACUUGCAAAAUCAAGGAUUUUAGUUUAACAGUUUCUGUGACUGAGCUAAUGUAAAACUAUGCUAUUAGAAAAAAUAUAUAUAUUGUCACAGUUUUGUAGGCAUUUUGCAUGAAGAAAGCAGAUGUUUACAUAAAGUGAUACAGCAUAUUUUUUGUUGCAUGCAUUACCAUUUACUAAUUUGUGGGAUAAUUCCGCCAUGGAAUAUGGGAAGAGAAUGCCAUGGGUAAUUUGAUUUUCUCUCUAUAAUUCCAUUUAUAUAUAUUUUUUCUUCUGCAAAGAUCAUAUGCCAUAGUUUCAAUAAUAUUUCUUGGACAAGCAUUUUCAGGUCAGGAACUGAUUGGACCUAUUGCAGAGUAAAGUUUAUUACAGAUCUCAUUAAUCUAUACUUCUGGUUUCACUUUUUUUUUUCUACACUGAGAAUUUUUUUUUUCAGCUAAGUAUUAAAAUCAUAUAUCUUAUUCUGAUUUGUCAUAUGUAUAUGAGUAACUGCACCUACAGAAAACACUUAACUGAACUCCCAUGUGUGCAGUAUUCACGUGACUGUUUACUCUUGUAAAGGCUUUUUCAAGACUGGAAGUCAAAAGCAAGUUUGAGCAAAAGCUACAGAACUAA